CUACUCAACCUCAUUCCUCCACCAAAACCGUCUCCUGUGCGCAUGGGACACACACUUGUUUCGACCAGAGGAGACAGGAAACACGUUGCAGGGUUUUUUUUUGCUCUUGUUGGUGGUGAAUUUUUGUUUAAAUCACAUACAGAAUGAGAGGCUGAAGGUGAAACUGUCGGGACUUAAUUCGCUUGACUAAACAGACUGUUGACACUUCGGUGGAUAUUUUAGCAAACAAUGGAUCAGGAGGACACAAUGGACUUUAAAGCUCUGAGAGCAAAGUUCCAGGAUGAAGAGAUUCUCCUAAAGCAACCCAAGAUCAAACCAGCUCUCCCAGAUAAACCAAAGGUGGUCCCUCCUCCUCAGAGCCCCACUCACUACCUCCCCGCAGGAGCUCGCCCCUCCCUGCUCACCUCCAUCAACCAGAGCUUAGAGGCGAAAACACAACUUGCCCCCAGAGUCGUCUUCAAGGAUGAGAAGGAAAGCAAAAAGACCCUGUUCCAGAAUAACUUCAAAAAGUCCAAAAAUGAAGGGAAGCUGAAGAUGGUUAAAGACAAGACAAAAGGAAGCAGGGAGAAACUUGAUGAAGAUUCAUCUGAGCAGAAACAGAAGAAGGAGAACGGUAAAGACAAGAAGCUUCCACUGCUCCCUCUCAAGCAGAAAGAGCACACAGCAGAGCUUGUACCAGCUAUAGCUCCACCUAAAUCCACAACACAGAAGAAGAAGGGUAUUCUUGGAUUUAGGAGGUCAUUAAAAAGAAAUUCAUUGGAGGUUCCGCCUGACCCCAUUCUCGACUCCCCUAGCUUAGACUUUGCUGGAGCAGCUCCGCUUAUCCCGGUACCUUCCGGCUUUGAUGACACCACACCAGAUCCUGAAAUCUCUGCACACCAGGACCUGAGUCCUUCACUGGAAAUCACGACGCCCUCCAUUAUCCCAACCUCUCCUGAUUUUUUCCCACCUCCUGCUUUUAUUCCUGAUUACCCAACCCCAGAGAGUGAAACCCCAGUGGAGAUAGAAACUCCUGCCCUGUCCAUUUCCAGACCUGCCAGCCAAACUGAAACCAUUCCAGCCGCUUCUGUUAAGACCACCACUCCAUCUCCAACCCCUCCUGAGCAUGAGGUUUUAGCUGAGACUGUUGCAGAAGCUGUGAAUAUCGCUGCAGUAGAGACGCCUCCUCCUCCAACCAUAGCUACUCCAUCCAUCCCACCAUCUCCCAAAGCCUCACUGCUCUCAGCCCUGGAGAGGGCAGAGGACAUGAACCCAGGGAAACGGCCUUCUGCUGACCAGAGGAUCUUCAGUGCUUUGGAGAAGGCACGCAAGAAAUCUCCCAGCCCAUCGUCAAACCACACCAGCUUGUACUCUAUCACCCCUCCACCUGAGGAACUCCCCCCUUCUGAGAGCCCCACCCUCUCUCUCCCAUUUCUCCCACCCAUUGAUUAUGAAGGGAAUGCCCACCCACCGAAACUUGGUCAACUCAACGGUAUUGACCACAGGCAAGCCUCUCCUGUGUUGAACAGCAUCACUGAGGAGGGGUCCGACCUUGUGCCUGAGAUGUUAGUGGUUCCCCCUCCCCCUCCCAAGAAGGUUCUUCCAGACCCCAAGUCUCUGGGUCCUGCUCCAGAGAAACCUGACAGACCUCCAUCUGUCAACCUAAGUAACUUCAUCCCGCCUCCUGUGGAAGAUAAUGCAGUGAUUCCUGUUCCUGUGGCGUUAUCAGAGACAGACACCACAGAGUUUGACGAUGUGGGUUCAACAACCCAUUCCACAGACAUGCCAGUAUCAGAGUGGGGUAACGGGCAUUACACUGGUCCGGAUUCUGUCGACAGCCAGCUUUAUAGCAACGGAACGACUGGAGACGAAUACCAAAUGAAUCCACAGCCACUGGCAGCACUUGAAGAUGCUGAAGCGAGUAAUGGUGUCUUUGUGAGUGCAGAAAAUGCAUAUGACGAUGUUUCUGCGACCAAAAAGAAAGGGAAGUCUGACAGCGGCAAGAAACGUAAAGGGCCGCCAAAGAACCCAUACGCCGAGGCAGCAACACCAACAAAUGAAGAGAAAAGCAAGACGGGCAGGUUCGGCAAGAGUGAGAAAAAGGUUGUUGCAGAGGGGCCGGAUGAGAAAGAGCUGAAGAAGAGAGAGAAGCAGCGCUUGGAGAAGGAGAAGAAAGAGCUCAAGGAGAAACAGGAACGGGAAAAGAAAGAGCAGAAAGAGAGGGAAAAGAAGGAGACUGAGAUGAAGAAGAAAUUCAAAAUCACUGGGCAGGAAGACGCCAUGUAUCAGGCAACAGUAACCGUAACAACCAAAGGCCGUAAGAACGAUCUGCCUGUCAACAGCGGUGACAUCAUCAGCAUCAUCCGAACAACCAACUGUCCCAGAGGAAAAUGGCUGGCCAGAGACAACAGCAACAACUAUGGGUAUGUUGCAGUGGAUCACGUCGAGCUGGACAUCACGGAGAUGUUAGAGCUGGGGAAGAAAGCUGCGACCACCCGCAACACCAGCAACACCGUCGUGGAGGGAGAGGUCACAAGCACAGGCAGCAGGGCCUCAAAUCACUACCCACUAUCAGCAGAAAGUUUCACAGAUGACAGUGAAGAGUGGACCGGUGAUGAUGAUGAAAAUCUCUCCCCUGCCGCUGACACUGCAGAUCCAUUUUCCUCUGCGAGCCACAGCAGGACACUCUCCAUGCCAGACAUGGGAAACAAAGAUCUGAGCAUAAAUCACCAGCACAGCCACAGUGACAUGGGUGCAGGCGGCUCCCAACCGCAAGCAAGACAUGAAGCACUUCACAAAUUAACAACGUUUUUCUACUCACCCAAACAUGUGGAGCCCGCUGCCAGCAACAGUGACGUGGAGACAAGUCCUGUGCACGCGAAGGACGAGACACAUCAUCUGCCUGAUAUUAGUGAAACACAGAGCGUGGAUUUUGAUAAUCCUAAUCUGAUCAUUUUACCUCCUCCUGAGCUGUUUUCUGACUUGGGCACAGAGUAAUUAUCACGAAACAAGCACAACAAAGAGCAGCCAGGCGGAAGACACAGGAUUCAUCUUUGUCUUCAUGCCAUGACCCAUGUCAGACAGUGACUUCAUCUAUCUGAUAACCACGUUUAUGCAUCAGUAUGAUGAGCUACAAGAGGAACGGAAAAUGCGGAUUUUCUCAUAAAUGGCCCCUCAGGAAGAGUGGAUAUAUAUUUCUGUGUUGUUUCUCAUCAUUGAGGUUCUCAGUGUGAAGCCACUGAGGGACAGUCUGACUGAGGACCAAGGAUCAGCGUGGACUUCUGAUCCUGAAGAAGGACAUACAAGCUUCUUGCAGAUGCACACACGUAUCCUGACUGUGACCCAGGAGGCUCCUCAUGGAAAAGUUACAUAUUUGUCAUAUGCAAAUACCAGAAAGCCUUUUCAAAGUGGUGUUAAUAGGAGCAACAUAUAUAUUUUUUAUCGAAUUGAUGUGCUUUUAAUGUAAGGAAAUAUAUUUGCAUAGAAUAGAGGUCUCCUGCAAUAAAAAGCAGAUUGUAAAAUAAUCUUUUAUAUCCAUGUUUCCUUUAAUUAAUAGUACUUCUUCAACCUGGUUGUUCCUCUGGGUCAAACAAUAAUCUUGUGUAAUAAUAUUGUGAAGUAAAUAGCAGUAAAAAGACUUUGAAUUUACAAAGAUAUGAUAGUUAUCUCAGAUUAAGGCAGUUUUUAAGACAAUAUUGUUAAGUGUUGUAAUUGUUGUUGUUCUUUUGUACAUGAACCUUUUCUCAACUUUGUCAUUCUAAUUUCUCACUUUGUAAACACUGUGGAGUAUGGAAAUGUUUAUGUAACUACUUUUGUAAACACUUCAACAUGUUUAGUCCAAAUGAAAAGUAUUGUAAUGGUGUACAAAUAAACAAACGGAGUGCAAACUACAA